CGGACCGCCGGAAACGGAUGCCAGAGGGUCGGGGUCGCUGGGAGUUGUAGUUCUUUGAAAGCGGAGAGCAGGGCUUGCGGCUAGGCGGCAUGGCGGGGCUAGAGCUUUUGUCAGACCAGGGCUACCGAGUGGACGGGAGGCGCGCCGGCGAGCUGCGCAAGAUCCAGGCACGGAUGGGCGUGUUUGCGCAAGCUGACGGCUCGGCCUACAUCGAGCAGGGCAAUACCAAGGCGCUGGCGGUGGUCUACGGGCCGCACGAGAUCCGAGGUUCCCGAGCUCGGGCCCUGCCUGACCGGGCGCUGGUGAACUGUCAGUAUAGCUCAGCGACCUUCAGCACAGGUGAGCGCAAGCGGCGGCCACAUGGAGACCGCAAGUCCUGUGAGAUGGGCCUGCAGCUUCGCCAGACCUUUGAGGCAGCUAUCCUCACACAACUGCACCCACGCUCCCAGAUUGAUAUCUAUGUACAGGUGCUGCAGGCAGAUGGUGGAACCUAUGCGGCUUGUGUGAAUGCAGCUACACUGGCAGUGCUUGAUGCUGGGAUACCCAUGCGAGACUUUGUAUGUGCGUGCUCAGCUGGCUUUGUGGAUGGCACAGCUCUGGCAGACCUCAGCCAUGUGGAGGAAGCAGCUGGAGGCCCCCAGCUGGCCUUGGCCUUGCUGCCAGCCUCAGGCCAGAUUGCUUUGCUUGAGAUGGAUGCCAGGCUUCAUGAGGACCACCUGGAGCACGUGUUAGAGGCUGCUGCUCAGGCUGCCCAAGGUGUGCACACCUUAUUAGACCGUGUGGUCCGGCAGCAUGUACGUGAGGCCUCUAUCUUGCUAGGGGACUGAGUACCUAGCCACCCAUGUCCAGAAUAAAGCCAUGCUUCUCUGCUCACACA